AUGUCGGGAGGCUUAGAUAUUUUGUCCCUCAAAGAGGAAGAUGUUACCAAAAUGUUGGUAGCCACCACCCAUUUGGGCUCGGAAAACGUCAACUUCCAAAUGGAACAAUAUGUUUACAAGCGCCGCUCCGAUGGUGUUCACAUCAUCAACUUGGGCAAGACCUGGGAAAAAUUGGUCUUGGCUGCUCGUGCCAUCGCCGCUAUUGAGCAUCCCGCUGAUGUUUUCGUCAUCUCUUCUCGCCCCAUUGGUCAACGUGCUGUAUUGAAGUUCGCCAAAUACACCGACACCACCCCAAUUGCUGGCCGUUUCACUCCUGGUGCCUUCACCAAUCAAAUCCAACCAGCUUUCCGUGAACCCCGUUUGUUGGUCGUCACCGACCCCAACACCGAUCACCAACCCAUCAUGGAAGCUUCUUAUGCCAACAUCCCCGUUAUUGCCUUCGUCAAUACCGAUUCUCCUCUCCGUUAUAUCGAUAUUGCCAUUCCAUGCAAUAACAAGUCUGCCCACUCCAUCGGUUUGAUGUUGUGGUUCUUGUCACGUGAAGUUCUCCGUCUCCGCGGUACCAUCUCCCGCAGCGUUGAAUGGCCCGUCGUUGUCGAUUUGUUCUUCUACCGUGAUCCCGAGGAAGCCGAAAAGGAAGAAAUCGCCAGCAAGGAAUUGUUGCCCGCCGCCAAGGUUGAUGAAGUUCUUGACCACCCUGUCGAAGAAGCUUCCAACUGGGCUGAAGAGGUUGUUACCGAUGCUGUAGCACCCGCCGUUGUUGCCGGCGCUGAAGACUGGAAUGACGAUACCGUCAAGUCCUCCUGGGGAAAUGAUGCCAACUUCUAAAUGAAAGCAUUUUAGAAGGAUUGAAUAUGAUGAUUUGACCGAAAUAAAAGAUGUGACAUUUUUUUAUUUCUACAAAACUAAAUACAA